AGUGCUUUGACACAGGAGAUCCAUCUUCUUCUGGCUUCCGCAAAUUUUGUUGAUUCACUCGCGCAUUUCUGACCCUGAUCCAACGUUGAUGUGUUGAUGGUGUUGCCUUCGUUUGUGAAUGCAACCUUGUAUACUUUUGAUUGCGAAAAUUAUGCUUAUCAGGCAGUACCUCCGUACUGGUAACCUUGUUGGUAUGCAUUUGCCUUACGGUUCUCAUUCUUCGAUAAACAUAUUAACUUCUUCGUCGCCCAUGUAGUUUACGAUUCUUGAAUAUCAUGAACUAGAGGAGGACGAAACAUGUUUCCUUGCCCCAUGGUGCUUAUCCUCCUUUCAAACCUGCUAGAACACAAAGUUUAUGAGUUUCAACUCUGCUAAACUAAAUAAUAAGCAGCGACAACCGAAAUACUGAUCUUAGAAAGUCCUAGGUUCAUCUUAUUAUAUAAUAGUGUAAGGCUUAAUGGUUCAGUACUAAGAAUCAAUAUCAAAAGAUGAGUUCUUCUUUCAAACGAUCUGCAGAUGUCCUUCGAGAAGAAGAGGAGGACGUCACGCGCAAGGUUCGACGUUAUGUCGAAAGCGUGGGCGCGACUCUCUGGGAUUUUUUGAGCGGAUCUACAUCUCAGCGACAACAGCGACAAAAUGAGAAUAACUCUCCAACAAGCAAUUAUGGUGCUAAUGGUUUUGGUGGCGCCAGUCUUGGAGAUCAUGUUGGUGGUCGGAACUUCUUCUCUGGGCGUAAUCGAGGAGGAGCAUCUUCCUCAUCACGAGGAGGAGGUAAAGGCUCCCUUUUCCGGGAAGAUAUUCAAUCUUUUUCGGGUGUUUCUGAACGACCGACCUUGUAUCAACCGCAGUCUGAAGGGCUUUUGGCCAGGAUUCGAAAGUUCUGGGAAGAAGAGGAGGACCCGUUGCCGGUCUUUCCGAAAAGAAGACGCAGAAACUUGGAAGGAGGUACUUACUUCUUACAUAUUUGUAGAAGAACAUGUGAAAAUGACCAUCUCCUGAUUUACCACUGCAAUUAUUCUUACACUUUCCCUUUUGAUGUUCUUACUUCACUGUCACUACUAACAUAUUACUGGUUGUUUCUUACAUCAUGCGAGUGCAACAUGAUGAUGAGUUCUUCCUGUGAAUAAAAACUACAGCUACUUGGCUGUUCCUCCGGAAUAAAUCGCUCUAAAAAUAAUCAGACUUCGUUUCUUCCGGCCGACUCCUCCCACCUGAGCAUGGAUACUAUGAGCACGAGGAUGAUGUCUAUGCGAGACCUCCGGAGCCUAUUUGGGUCACCUAUAGACCGACAGAGCCACUACUCAAUCGACGAGAGGACUAUCUACAUGCUGGAGGAGAACCUCCCAUAAGGGCUAUUGAGGUACAGAAUUCUUUUUCGAAACUAUCUGAUAAGACAGCUUUUUCUAUCAUGUUAGACAACUUUUCCAUGAUUUUAUUAUUUCUCCUUUUCUGAGCUUCUUCGACGAAUCAACGAGCUUAUUCAAAGAAUCAGCGAGCUUAUUUCUGCGACCUAAGUGGAUCCUCCGUCUUAUGAAAACCAAAACAGAACGGACACUACUACACGCGGGCCUACAUGAUGGGACCACCGCGACUUUCUCGUGGAUCGCGUAGUAGCAAUGGGAGCCGCAGAAGUGGUGAGAACAAGCAGCAGCACGUGGUCAUCAAAUCAAAUUCAAAGAACCGACCAGGUGGCGCUCAUCGUGGACGUCUUUCCCCCUCCAUAGACGAAAGCGGCAGUGUUCCACAUCAUGCGACUGGAAUGCAACAUGGGCGUCCCAACUACGCCAACUACAAGAGGAGCGCUUCUGCUUCGCCUACAAAUCGUCAUCAACAUGCUAAUCCUAGAAAUGGCACAUCUGCUGGUCCCAAUGCUGAUGGUGUUUCUUCAAAGACGACCACCACAAUAAAUGCCCCCUCGAACAACAAGCCUGUUGUGACCUUCGCAGCGCGAAAAGCAGGUCGUUUUGGCCGACUGCUAGAGGACCACAUUCAGGUGGAUGUGCUGGCUGGAUCAGGUGCAGCAAACCAUGACACCAGCACUUCUAACGCUUUUUCUGCCGACGACCACAUGCUUCUCAAGUUAAGGCUCUCACUAGUUCAUCUUUCACGUGCAUCCUUGAAACGUAGUAUGAGGGAGUAUCUAUUGUAGUAGUUAGGGGGCAAUGCUCUGUUCUCCUCUCGUAGUAUGAGGGAGCAAUGCUCUGCUCUGCUCUCCCCUGCCUUUCAAGGAUGCUGCUGAAAGAUGAAUAGUGGAUAGCUCUAAUCAAGACGAGAGAACAGCAGUUGAGAGCGGCUUAUGGCGAACCAGUAGCGGUUGGGGAAAAACGACACAGCAUGCUGCCUCCGCGAAGACCCAGUGGAGGCUGGAAGAGACCAAAUGCUGGUCUUUCGAAUGCGGGUCUCAAAGCAGAAGGAGCCGCGGAGAAAAAUACUAGUCGUAAAUUUGAAGGAACAGGAGCCGCUGGUAGUGCAGCUUCUGGCGGUGCAGCUGAUAGCAUAUUUGGAGUUGGGAAUUCUGGAGGUACAACCUCGACAUCGAAGCAGGAUGCUGCUAAAGAGCAGGAUAAGGCAACUACAUCUAUCUUUAGUGUUUCUACUGAUAAAAAGGCGGAAGAAAAAAAGACUAGUAUCUUCAAUGAGGGUAGCAUUUUUGAUGCAGCGGCAGCGAACAAGAACAUUGUGAAAGACGACAAGCCAAAAGCACCGCCAACUUUUUCCAGUGCGGCAGGCUCCGGAUUUUCUCUGGACAACACAAAGCCUAGUGGCGGUAACCCGUUUUUGAAGCAAAUUCAAGCGGGUUCCAAGUCUGAACCCAAGAAAGCUGAAGGAGUAGCAGCAGAAGCGAAGUCAAGCGGCUCGAUAUUUGGUGGGACUAGUGCUAGUGCAGCAGCAACG